UGCAAGAUGUACAAUAUGUAUUGCCGAACUCCUUGGAGAGAAUGCAAGAAAAGCAUGAACCUACGAAUAAAAGCGGUAUACGCGUCGCCGUUGAGAGCCUAUAUCGCGGCCGUUUAAGCUGUCAUUCGUUCAGGAUGCCGCAGCCGAGGAUAAACAUCAUCUUUUCUCUUCUCAGGUCGCAUACUCCUAUACUGCACAUCCCAGGACUCAAUUUGACACCCUAAAGAGCCCAUAAACUUGUCUAAUUUGAUCAAAUCAUAUACCACCACAAUGGCAACCAGAAACGCCCUCCGCCGCUCCCUUCUCUACAUCCCCGGAUCCUCCCAGCGCUUUAUUGACAAGUCGCGCACAUUGUCAGCUGAUUGUAUUGCCUAUGAUCUCGAAGACAGCGUCACUCCGCACAAGAAGAUCGAGGCUCGCGGGCUGGUGCGGAGAGCUCUCGAUCAACCAGCGCCGGAGGGGAUUCGCGAGCGGGCAGUUCGUAUCAAUUCUGUUGAUAGUGGGCUGGCUUUGGGAGAUUUGACUGAGGUGCUUCAAUCCCCAAACCUCUCCACCAUCGUCCUCCCCAAAGUCAACUCCCCAUCAGACCUCACCUUCGUCACGGACGUCAUUUCCCACACUCUUUCGCAACAACAACAACAACAACAACAACACCAACAAGUCCAACAACGUCCCCCGGUUUCCCUCCUCGCCCUCGUCGAAUCCGCCAAAUCCCUCACAAACCUCACCCAAAUCUGCUCUGCCUCCCCGCUCCUCCAGGGUCUGAUCUUCGCCGCGGAAGACUUCGCACUUGACCUUAGCUUGACUCGUACACCAGCCCUGACCGAGUUCCUCUUCGCGCGCUCUAUGAUCGCAACUGCUGCACGUGCUGCGAACCUCCCCUCCACGAUUGACUUGGUCUGCACGGCGUAUAAGUCUACAACUGGUGACGGACGACCGCCUGCGGCGCUGGAGGAGGAAUGUCGCGGUGGGAAGCAUUUGGGGUUCAAUGGAAAGCAAUGCAUCCAUCCAUCGCAGGUGGAGACCGUGGAGCGGAUCUUUGGGCCUGAGGAUAAGGAGGUUGAGUGGGCGGUGCGCGUGAAGAUUGCGGAUGAGCAGGCUGCUGCUGCUGGUCGGGGUGCUUGGACGCUAGAUGGGAAGAUGAUUGAUGUUCCGGUGGCUGAGAAGGCAAGGGCGAUUGUGAAGAAGGCCGAGGCUUGUGGGUUUAAUGUCCACGAAUUGCGGGAGAAAUGGCAGCAUCAGGAGCCGGAGUAAAUACUAGUUGUUGUCACAUCCGUUUUUGCUAUAGCUACGUCAAACACCAAAGUGUAUCCUUAUAGCAAGCUAUUCACAUGUACUUGUGCGUAUAUAUAUAUAUAUGCAUCUUCGCUAUAUACAACUCUACAAUAUCAAUCAAGACUGCAGAGCAUC